UAGAUGGCAGCAGACGAGUAUGUUUUGUGGUUCUGUGUGUACUGGUGUGUACUGUUGUGAAUUUUGUAGCGGAAGCACGUUUAGUGACUGUGGAUAAGAUAUUUGUACAAACUGAUGGAUUUAUAAGGCAUAAUCAAAGAGGAAGUGUUAUAGAGCUCAUUGUGGCCGGCCCGGCCCAUGAGCUGCGCGCUGCGCGAUGUCCUCCGGCCAAGAGGGCGGCGAUCACUGCGCGGGAAGCCAGGCGCGCGUGCCCGCUCCCGCUCCCGCUUCCGCCCCGGUCCCCGCCACAGGGCAUGUGGGUGUCAUUGCAGAGCGGUGGAGGCGGACGCGGCGAGCGGAGCGGAGAGGGCUGGAGGAGCGGAAGAAGAGGGAGGCGGAGCGCGAGCAGCUGAAGAGAGGAAGGGGGCUGAGCGGGCGUGGCGGGGAGGGCUUGCCGGGGAGGGGGGAUGCUCAAUACAGAAUGGUCUUACCUCAUAUUCCUGCAGAUUACAUUGCAAUGAAUGAAGUUUUUAGUUUAAAUACAACUAACCAACAUGUUAUGUUAAGUGCUGCAGCUAGAGUACCAAUAUUCAAUUGUGAUUUCUCACUUGAUUAA